GGCCCCGUCUUCUAAGUCACCGGCGCGCCGGGCAAUGUCGAGCGCGCCCGGGAGGAGAUCGAGACCCACAUCGCGGUGAGGACGGGCAAGAUCCUGGAGUACAACAACGAGAACGAUUUCCUCUCCAGCAGCCCCGACUCCGGCAUGGAGAACCGCUACUCGGAGGCCUGGCGGGUCCAUACGCCGGCGCCGGAUCUGUACUACGGGGUGCCGGAGUCGGGUGCCCCGAUGUGGGCUGGGCAGGAGAACACCAACCCCGUCUCGGUGCUCUUCUCCAAGCAGCAGCGGUCCAGCAGUACCGGCGCCAUCCACCCAAAUUCGCAUCGCUCCCCGUCCUCCUCCAUCCAAGAGCCCAAUCUCUCUG